UGCCUUCUCAGUCUCAUUAAUUAGUUCAAUAUAUAUAUAUAUAUGAUGUCUUCUUCCUCUAGUACUAGUAGAUGGACGGUUCAGGAAAACAAAGCGUUUGAAAGAGCUCUAGCAGUUUAUGACAAGGACACUCCAAACCGGUGGUGCAACAUUGCAAGGGCUGUUGGUGGAAAAACUCCAGAGGAAGUGAGGAGGCACUAUGAUCGUCUUGUGGAGGACAUUAGGCGUAUUGAGUCUGGCCAAGUUCCCUUUCCAAUUUACAGGAACCUCCAAGAUGGGGCAUGAUAGAUAUCUCUCUCUCUCUCUCUCUCUUUCCUCCACUCAUAUCCAAAAUCAUCAAUCACUACCUACAACAAUACUAUAUAUAUAUACCCUUUAUAUAAUAUUCUUAAAACUUUUGCCGUAAGUUAUUUAAUCAAGGCAAAAAGAAAAAGAAUGUGAAUUUAUCACAGUGUAUGUCUAUGUAUUUUUAUUACCUUGAAAUAAUAGUAAUGUGGAAAUGGGUACUGUACGAUAGAUAAUAUUGCAUGCAUGUGGUUGUAUUUAUCAAAGUUAAUUGCCAUGUACUGAUAAAACAUAAUGUUGUAAG